AUGGGACAGACGCGUACGUUCGUCUUCAUCACAAACAUCCCAGACUUCCUCCUGGAGCCGCUGUCCAUCAACGCCACCGCUGCUGGCCCCCGCGCACGUGCCAAUCGUGACCCACGAUACGAGCGGCUGCGUGCCCUGCUGGCGGCGAAUACGUCCGGCGUGAUGCUCGUUAUGCACCUCGAGACGCGCGGCUACGGCCUCGCCCUCUACGCCUCGGAGCCAGAGGCGCUCGCGGCUUGCAAGGCCACCAUUGUGCCAGCGCAGCCCGGCCACCAGCACCCGCCGCUUCUGCUGCGCAUCCUGCAGCGCGAGCGACCGCCGCCGACGGAGGCGGUAUACACGCCGACGCUCACAGUGGAGGGUGACGUGGUGCAGAAAGCGGAGCUCGCCGACACGCGUGGCCUUGAGCUGGUGUACCGAGGCCGCGCCGUACCCCGGUGGUGCCCGCACACAGCUGCGCAGGAGGACUGCCCGUUCGGCACCGCGUGCCACCGAAUCCACAAGCGCGCGUUCCAGCGGACGGUGCGCAAGCGGCCGCGGGUGGAGGAGGUGGUGACAGCAGCAGUGCGCAUGACAGAAGAGGAGCGUCGGUUGGUGCGCCGCAUCACGUGCAGCACGCGAUUGACAGAAGAGCGCCUCGUCCCCCCAGAGAUGCGCUUCGACUUCUCCGUGUACGUGCCCAUCACGAAGGAGCAGGCGCUGGCGCUGGUGGGCAACACUCCUGAUACUGCCGCUGUUACUGCUGCUGUGGUGCAGCGUGUAGAGGCGGCCUGUGAGGGGCGAUGUGGGCCAUACUUUGUGAAAUUCGCACUCCCAGGCGGUGCACCAUGGGACUGGAGUCUCUACGAUGCGGCUGUGGGGCUUCCGCAGCUUCGACAGCGUGCCCCAUUCCCCGAUAACGGUGCCCCAACGCCACUUGAGCGCGAUCUGUUUUGCCAGCAGAUGCUGUAUCAUCUGAACCAGAUGAACCGCUUUGACACCGUCGCUGCCGCCAUCCACGCCUUAGCGAUGAGCCCGCGGGCGCGAGAAGCGCUGAUGCGCCAGCUGCAAGGCGAAGGUGGGGUGGCAGGCGCGGAUAACGAAGUGGAACAGGGCAGCGUCAAUGCUGUUACUGGCUCGGCGACACUUGAGCUUUGCGUGCGUCCGUGGCUCGCACUGCCGACAGCUGACAUGGAGGUGAGCGUGCUGCUGGAGAACGGCGGCGAAAAGCUGCGUGGGGUCCUGCAGCGCCACAGUGCCCUCCGCCUCAUGACCUCCGCCACGUUUCUACAGCAGCACAACAUGGACUUCACACGCUAUGCUGUGCUGGGCCGAGGCGAAGACACGGAAGCGGAGGAAUGCCUUGAGAAUGAGUUGCGGCAUGUCACGGCGGUGGUGAAGCGCGGCGUCGACACGUUGCGGCAGUACUUGCGGCAACGAACAGCGCAGCAGCAGCUACAACUGCCGCCGGGUGCCGGAUGGUGCGUGCAACUCGCCUUGACGCCGCCCCCGUCGUCGUCGUCGUCGUCGUCGUCGUCGUCGGGCGGGGAACAUGCGGCUCCGCGGUGUUUGGUACUGUCGCUGCGACCGUACCAGCAGGCUCUGGAGGAGUUCACCGCGGUGUACGGCGCGCUGCGCAGCGAUGGGGGCGGCGCGGAGGUGACGUGGAACACAAAGAAACACCCGUACGUUUCUCUUUUUCCCCGCGAGCUGAUGGAGCGGCUGGCGCCAGAGCAGCAGCAGCAAUAA